CAUUAACUUCCUAGGCUGUGCGAUUGAUAUGGCACAAAUUUCUACACAAAUCUGUCGUAUGUGUUCUGAAAGUAAUGGUAUAUUUUACUGUUAUGAAUGUCAACACGCAUUAUGCACAAUAUGUCGUGAACGACAUGAUAUGAUUCCUGCAACAAGUGGACAUACAAUUACAAACACCAGCACCAUAGACCUUGCAGUUUUCAGUCAAAAGUCGCAAUGUCCUAAGCAUGAUAAGGAGUUUUUGUUUCUUUGUGUGAAGUGCAGUGAUUUUAUUUGCAGUAAAUGUGUAAUAUCAACACACAAGGACCAUUCAUUCUCUGGAAUUGCCGAAGCAGUGUCAGAGGAAAGGGAGCAUGCCAAACAACAAAUUACUGGUUUAAAAGCAAAAAUGGAAGCGGUACUAAGUAUUCAGGUUAAAGUUAGGAGCUACAUCGAUCAGCUCAAUGAUGACAGCAAAUCCUGCAUUGAAACCAUAACUUCUACCAGUAAAGAUCUUCAGACUUUUAUCGAAAGAAGAAAGAAUAUAAAGAUAACGGAAGUCGAAGAUAAUAAAAUAUUGGAGCAGCAGAAUUACGAAUCAUUUAUGAAAAAUAAUGAGGUUAUAUAUAAACAGUACACGCAAAUUAUAUCAGAGCUAGAAAAUAUUCUUCCUGAAAAACAUGACAUAACUUUCCACUCGUGUUAUGGAGUAAUUAAUAUCGAUAUUCAAAACUUAGCUAAUGUGCCAGACAAACCACCAACGGCUAAAUUACAUUCCUUUGAAAAUAAAGUGUUGUAUAAAGAAAUCAUAGAAAAUUUGGAAUCAAAAUCCGACGAAAGCCUAUGUCGAAGCUGCAAGAUUCAUCAGACGAGAAUUGAUCAGUUACUGAAAGAAAACAUAGUCUUUCAAAAAGAGCUUCAAAGGUGUACGAAACUGAUGACACAAAAGGAUGAGGAAAUUCAUAAAAUGGGAUGGACUAUUGCAUUUUUAGAAGAAAAAAAUGAUAGUGACAAUGAAGAAGAAGAGUCUGAGUACGUAUUGCUAUCAUUUAAAAUCUAG